AUGCAAUUAAAUCUCUUAGAUUAUUGCUAAGCAUUGAAUUAUAAAGUAAAUGGUAAGAAAAUUAUAUGGGUUAACGAUGUCUUGUAAUAUAAUAUGAAAUUUGCAUGCAGUGUUAAAUGCUAUAAGAAUCCUAACAAUUAUAAUCAAAUUAAAAAAAACAACUUACCGCAAAAUCUUCUUGAUAUGAAAAAAACAAUAAAAAUUGAUUAAGAUCCUUGCAUUUUAGCUAAACUGCAUAAAUUCGACUGCUUAUCAAUUUUUCUUUUAGCUAAACUUUAAUAUAACGAACUAAGAGAAGAUUACAUAAAAGCCCUAAAAGAAAUCUAAUAAGAUAAAGAUUAAAACGCAUUAAUUAAUAAUCCAUAUAAAUCUGCAUCAUUAUAUAUAUCCUGCUGUCAUAAAUAAGAUUUUCAAUGUGAAUAAUGUAAAUGUGAAACAUUUUGUUCAAAAUAUUGUGAUUGUCCUUCCAAUUUAUGCCUUAAAAAAUAUCGGGGUUGUAAUUGCAAGGAUCGAUGCUCUUUUGAUAGCCGAUGCUCUUGCAGAAAGGAUAAUAUGGAAUGUGACCCUUUAGUUUGUAAAUGCUGUUCAAUUGAUUCUAACUUUAUUUGUUCCAACACAUAAAUAUUAAUAAAAAAUGUGAAACCUACCCUUUUAGCUCGAUCUACAGUUUGUAGUGGACUUGGACUAUUUUCAAAGCACUUUAUAAUGAAAGGAGAAUUAAUUAUUUUAUAUAUAGGGGAGGCUAUAAUUGAUGAUGAAGACGAAAUAAGAGAUUAAUUUGAUGAUGCAUUCUCAUUCUAUAAUUACUAAUUAAGUGAUGAGAGAUAUUCAUUAGACAGUAGAUUUUGCGGAAAUGAAAGCAGAUUCAUCAAUCAUAACAGCCUAAAUUUAAAUAAUUGUAGAACAAAUCAAAUUUUUACUUGUGGAUAAUAUCAAUUGGCUAUAUUUGCUAUAAAAAAUAUUGACCCUGAAUAAGAAAUCUUAUUGAAUUACAAUGAAGGGGAGUCACUUAAUAAGGAAGUUCAUAAUUGGAAUGAAUAAUAAUAAUAGUUCUGGAAUUAUAUAUAAAAUACUGAUACAAAAGAAAGAUGA